UUCUACAACAAAGCAAAACAUUGCACGCAAGAGACGAGUAAAUAAAUCAAGAUGUCCUCCCCAUCUCUUGAAUAUCUAAACAAUGUAUGGCAAUAUCUCCCACAGGGCCACGAAAAACCCCUGAAGCAAGCAUUUUAUAAUGCAGUGGCCAAUAUUUUCGUUGGAUUGGCUGCCGCUGUUGCUGUUGCAGUCUACUUUAUCCUAGCGCCUUUUAUUAGACCGUUAUACUGGGCUCUUUUGUGUGGCAAUUUUUUAUACCCGUUCAAACGAAGUUUGACCAACGUAUUGCGGCAAUGGCUCAAAGGUUUACAAACUUCUGGAACGCCGUUUGCUGUGGGAUUGAUUCUCCUACCAUUUCAAAUGGGAAAUACUGUAGCAGAGUCAAUGACGGUCGCUAUCAAGACAAAUUUCAAAGUCAUAUUAGGUCUCUUGGUGGCCAUACCAGCUAUUUAUACUUUGUACCACUUUUUGCCCAUGCAUAUCAUGCUGUAUCUUCUGACCGGCUCUUUCAGUAUCUUCUGUGAUAUCAUGGAAUACUUUAAUACAAAUUGGGUGUGGACCUUCGUCAUUGGCUAUUUGAUUUGUGUGGUUUUUAUGUGGAAUAAAGUCUCAGGAUGGAUUCAGUACCUAUCAGCACCAGUUUGGGCCUCUGUCCUUUUCUACUUGGCCAAUCUGGCUGGGCCACUCAAAGUACCUUUUGUCAUUCUUAUGUUCCUCCUGGUCAUGGUUGGAGCUUUUGUGCAGAUGAACAGUUCUCCAGUAACUGAUCCCAAAAGGAAGUCUAUUUGUUUUAGGGUAUUGAACACAAUGGGGAUAGGCUUCAUACAUCCAGGUCAUGAUAUUAAGUCUGAAAGCAUGUCUGACUGUGCCAUACUUCAAGAGGGCCCAGUCCUUGAAUAUAAUCCUGAGCUUAAACCCUUGUUGAAACCUCAAAGUCUAACUCUCGCUCCAUCUUCUGCUGUGGACAAGUCAUCAAAAUCAAAAGAGGGAGUAUCCUUCAAGGAUGAACCAGACUCCAUACCUCCACCACCUCCCGUAAAGUCCAUGGUAGAUCGCUGUUUUCUAGCACUUUUUUGGGGUCAUGUUAUCGUGAGGCUGUGGAUGCAUGUCUGGAUUGUACUGCUGUUGCUGCUGGUACCUUUGCUAAACCAUGCUGUGAAAAAAAUCAUUCAUCAAUUCAAGAGAGGCGGAAUGUUUCAUGGUUAUGUAGUCAAUGCAAAAAGUGCAGCGCUGAAAUGGUUUAACGCUAGGGAGAAUGUGUUGCUGCCUCAGUGCAUGAAAGGACUUGCGUCUCUCUACCUGAAAGGUGACUGCAAGAUAAUUUCGGUCCUGGAGAAAAGUCUCGAUCAAGCGACAAGUAUACUGUUUAUAUUAAUGCUUGUUGUUGGGACUUUUCUUGUCACUAUUAUUGGCACAGUUCAGGUGCAGAGAGAAAGUAUGUACAUGAUUACAUCUUCUCAGGACAUUCUGAACAAAACUGUCAACUCAGAACUGUCAGAGUGGAUGCCAAAUGCUGAAGAAAUGAAGAAAACUAUAAACCAGGUCCUGCAGAAAACUCAUGAGCAUGGACGCAAUUUUAUUGCUUCUAAGGUCAAUGAAUUCCUUCCUGUCGAAGGUCCUCAAGCUGAUAGAGAUGUGGUAGUCAAGCAAGUUUUGGAAGUUUGGGAUGAGCUGUACGCCUCAAUGUUUUCUAUGAAUGAAAAGCACAGUAAAGGUCCGGUGUUUCCUGCUGAUAUGAAUUCUCUUUGGGAGACCAUCAGUCAAGGCAAGAACAUGCUUCGGAUUUCGGCUAUCAUAGAAUUUGCCAAGGCGAACUUAGGAAUGCUUGUAUCGGUAAUGGAUUCUGUAUGGCAGAUCUUGAAAGGUAACCUGACCUUACUAAUCACAGUAGUCACCUCUGUACUCUCUGCUCUGUUGGGAGGAGGUACAGCCAUUCUCAACUUUCUCAUCUCAGCAAUUAUCUUCCUGACAACAUUGUUCUAUCUCCUGGCAUCUAGUGGAGAUAUGUACAAACCUGCAGAGCUGUUUACUAACUUUAGUCCUGGAACAACUGGAAGUCGCUUUGGUCAAGCUGUAGAGAAAGCCAUCAGUGGUGUCUUCAAGGCGUCAUUAAAAAUGGCUACAUUCUAUGGCCUCUACACUUGGCUUGUUCAUUUGGUGUUUGGUCUGGAUGUUGUGUUUAUUCCUUGUGUGCUUGCUGCUGUGUUUGCAGCCAUACCUUUUCUUGGAACCUACUGGGCGGCAGUGCCGGCUGUCAUCCAUCUGUGGCUGGUACAGGACAAAGGUCUCAGUGCUCUUCUGCUGUUUGUUGCCCACAAGCUUCCGUCCUACGUGGUGGACACAGCUAUUUACAAUGAAAUAGAAGGGGGCCACCCCUAUGUGACUGGCUUGGCUAUUGCUGGUGGAAUUCUAUUCAUGGGCCUAGAAGGGGCUAUCAUUGGGCCCAUCAUCUUGUGUUGUCUCAUCGUUGUGGUCAAUAUGUAUGGUAACAUGCUGCAGAGCUACCCUUCAACACCAGCCCCAGCUCCCAUAAAUUUAAGCCUACAGAGUUAUCUGAUGAGAAAACAGCAAAGGGAGAGCGAUAAAGGCACUCGGUCCGUAAGUUCCGAUUCUCUUCAUGUCCACUAACUCUUGUGACAGCGUAGAUUACUUCCCUUCCUAACCUUCAACUAGUCCUGGACAGACCUAGUCAUCUUUCUCCCAGCUGUCACUCGGCUCAUCCCUGCGUAGGCUCAGUCUCCCAGCACUACAGAGUAUACAAGUCAUGCUGAUGCUAAAUGAAUCUCAAUAUUUAGGACAAACUCAGUAUUUAGGACAAACAUGUGUAUUAGAUUGAAUGCCCUUGCAUAACUUCAUCAUAGUUUGUUUUGUUUUAGAAACCUUGAAAAGAUUAUGGUUAGGAAUUGAGAGAAAUAAGUUGACUGUGCAAACACAUAAUAAUGCACUAGUUAUGAUGCAGUGUAGAUUUACUAUUUUUAAUCCUAGAUGUUAUGUUUCUAGUAGCCAAUAUGAAGAGAUUGGUAUGUCUUUGUCUAUAAUCAUAUAAAACCUGUUAUCAUUAUGUGAAUCUUAGAGAUUCAGUGUUGUCAUUACUUGAAUGGUAAUUUUUUUUUUAAUCUCUUCUGGGUAAUCAACGUGUUCAUUUUUAUUUCCGACACAAUCCUGUGUUCAUUGAUUUAGUGAUAAUACUUUAUGUUUUUGUUUCUUAUGUUGGAUUCCCGCUAAUCUCAAGUGUCAGAAAAUACUCUUCAAUUUAAGAGCAUGGUAACUUUCCUUUGACAGAAUACAAAUAUGCCAACUUUGAAUUGAAACAAUGAUUGAUGACUGCCAUGGGCAUCCGUUAAGUAAGGAGAUGCAAACUGUGACAUUAAAUAUCGAUGCUGGCAGGCACAGCUUCAUACCAACAAAAACAAAAGAAUUGAUAAAAUCAUUUCAAUGGUCAUUGUUCACAUUAUCACCAUUAUUAUCUGCUCAGUGACUGAAAAAGCUGCUUGAUUAAUUGUAUCACAAGUUGAUCCUUUUUAAAAAGUUUUUAGUCCACCAAGUCAUAUAUUGUGUGUGUAUGCAUACAUGGAGAUGUAAUAGUGACAGAACCACUGUGACAUUACUCUAACUUGUAUAUUUGAAACUUAAGCAUAUCCAGAGUACUUCCAUCUCUGUACAUCUUAGGUCACACAUGGAUUAGUAUGCUAUACUUUUUUUUUAUUGAGAUAAAAUAAAAUUAUAAAAGUUUGUUUCUUUUUUAAUUCAUGUGCAAAAUCUAAUAAAUGAAACAUUUAUCUAGCUCUAGAUUUAUCUGCCCCAGAGUAAAGGUACAUUUUCUAGCUGUAAACAAAAACAUUUUUAAAAGGUUUUAGUUUUUUAAUUUAUCAUCAUCAAACACAUCUUGUAUCUAGUAAAAUUGAUAUUUAUAUACAAUUUUUUAAAUUGUCAGAUUCUUUGAUUUGUCAUUACAUUUUUUAGUCUGUUUUUGACAACAAAAGAAUAUGCCAAGAGCUAAUGUCAAGUAUAAUUCUUUUGAGUUUUAUCUAAUUCCAAUUCUGCAUUCAUUUGUAUCACAAUUUCCAUUAGAAAGGCUCCAGGAAAGCACGUUGAACUAGUUCAUUCUCUCGGUUCAACAAUAUCCUGGCCACUCUUACUUGAGCCUAACAGCUGUCAAGGUUGUUACCUUACAGUUAAUAUCAAGACAUAGAAGUUUGACUCAUGUGAUAAUGACGCUAUAAUAUCAUGCUCAUGAAUCUUGGUGCUUUAUUUAUUAAAUCCUUUAGAGGUUUGUCUUGCUGUCAGAUCACAGGUUUCUUUACUAUCUGUACUUUGAAGAACUUUUUUGUUUUCUUUCCAACAUCCUAGUUAUCCUUUCAUUUUUAAAUUCUAAUAGUUCUGCUUUUAAGUUAUGCAUAAAUAUUUGGAUACAAAGUCUAUGAUAGAAUUUUAAGGAAGCACUUUGUUGCUCAAGGGCCUUGACGAUGUUAUUUAACCUAUAUUGUUUUAAUCAGAUUAUAUUCCUACAUGACAAAGUUUUUAAAAUCUAGGAAAGAAGCGUACAGAAAGGAACUCGGAUAUCAUUAGAAAAAACUAUUGGCCAAACUGAAAGUCAUCGGCUCAGUUCUUGAUUGAGGCUUGUGUUUAAUUUUUGUUCUAAGGAUGUUUUCCAAUCUGGCAGACUGAACAAUUGGGGAAAGUAUUUUACGUCAUUUUGUGUGCUGCCCAAUAACAGCAGAGAAUCAGAUAAGCUUUAUUAGCACUAAGGCCUCUGAAAGAACUUACAUUUUAACUUGUGUCUCCCUCAGUAUUCAUUGACUGGUAUUUGACAAGCCCUAUACAUUGGAUGUUUGUAAAUAGUAUAAACACUCAUUUGGGCAGUAGCGAUAGUAGAUGUAAUGAUAAUAAUGUAAAUAUUCAAUUUAUAAGUAGUUUUGUAUUUCUAUAGUUGCCUAGCUGUAGCUUUAGCCAAUCCUUCCAUUAAUGCUUUAUGCUCAGGUUUGAUUGCUAUAUAAAUUAUAAAUGGUAAUUUGGUGCUCAGUUAAAAAAAAUUAUCAGAAAUUUUCAUUGACUUUUUUUUGCAGUUUCAUUUCUAUUGUCCGUUUCACCAAUCACCUCGUACACUUUCAGUUCAAUUCUCAUUUUUUUAAGAUGUGUCCGUUGUGAAGGUCUCACUCUGCUGACAAUGUCUGGUUGUGAAUGUUUGUUGCGGCGCAGACACAAUGUUUAAACACAUGAUUGUUUUGGUCAUUUAUUUUUUAAAAAUCUGUCGAUUCCUUAAUCUUGUCUUUGUCGCCAUCUCGACUUUGAGAGCUCUACGUGCAAUAUUAUUUUAAUAUUUGAAUUCUUCUCUCGCUGCAAUCCUAGUCUUCAUACAAUCCUAAUUGUACAAUAUUUUCUUCCUGAGGCCUACGUCUGAGGUCCUGUUCAAUCUAAAAUUGGUCUUUCUUCUCUCAUUAGCUUCUCUUUUGAAGUAAUGUCAGCCAUUUAUAAGAUAAUAUAAUUUUUAAUAUGUCCUUGAUGUAAUAUAUGAAAUAUGUAGUAGAUCUUCACUCUGUCCCUUUAUUUGUUUAAACACUUGACUACCUAUUCCAACCUUAAUGUGACACAGUUUUUGUCUUUUUCCUUUUCAGCGUAUCAACAUAUUUUUGUUUUGGUCACUAUAAUUAUCUGGCUCACCUAAAAUAAUUUUUGGAAUAUUUCUUCAAUAUUUUUUUUUUCUAAAAUACUACAGUUUUUUAUGAAGAUUUAUUUUGAAUGAUGACAUGUUUGUGGACAGCAGUUCAUUGCUGCACUAUUUUUACUUCUCACUCUAAUGAUUGUGUGGCCUAGUAAGCCAUGUUUUUUUUUUUAUAUUCUUUAGGUCUUUUGAUUAUUUUGAUAGCAUCAUAUCACUCAUGCUUUUGUAUUUGCUUUUCUGUGUUUGUAUUCCUACUCUUAUUUGUUAUGAUAGCUCAAGGAGUCAUAUGGAAAUCAGCACAGCUAAUAUCUAGAAAGCUUUAAGCACCAAAU